AAGACAAAGAACCUGAUUCUAAUCAAUAAUAUCAUUGGAACUAUGAGUAUCUCCACGUUUCUGCAGAUUCCUGCUGCUUCAACUAAGCAUCAUCUUGGAGUUUCAUGGCGACCAAUUUCAACUCAGACCAGCUUGAUCUCUUGCAUCAAACCUCGGUGCCAUUUAUCACUCAUGCCUCAACCAACACCAAAGGCACUUAACAAUCUCCCUUCUAUGGUUAAUAACUGCACCAGAACCAUGGAAGAACUGCGAGAAAGAACCCAGAAAGAAUUGCUAACGCCAGCCAAUCCAACUGCUUCUCUGAAGCUGAUUGAUUCAAUCCAACGGCUAGGACUCGGGUAUCACUUUGAAGAAGAAAUCAGUAUGCUACUUGAAAGAUUUGUGGAUUGGAAUCCUGAUGACCAAGAUCUCCUUGCCACUGCUCUUCGCUUCCGAUUGCUGAGGCAUAAUGGCUUCCCAGCUUCUUCUGAUGUUUUCAGUGAAUUCAAGGGCAGAGACGGGAAAUUCAAGCAGUCUUUGAGCAAAGACCCACUGGGUUUGUUAAGCCUAUACGAAGCAUCUUAUUUAGGCACAAAGGAAGAAGAAGAAUUGGUGCAAGCCAUGGAAUUCACAAGAACCCACCUGCAGAAAAGAUCAUUUUCACUCCUACCAUCUCAGCACAGAAGGCAAGUUGUUCAAGCCUUGGAGGUUCCUCGGCACUUGAGGAUGUCAAGAUUGGAAGCCAGAAACUACAUUGAUGAAUACAGCAGAGAAAGCAACCACAGCCCAGACCUUCUGGACUUAGCCAAGUUAGAUUUUAAUGCAGUUCAACAACUCCACCAAAAAGAGCUGGUUGAGAUCAUUAGGUGGUGGAAACAACUGGGUCUAGUUGAGAAGCUUGGUUUUGCCAGAGAUCGACCAUUAGAGUGCUACUUAUGGACUGUGGGAAUAUUCCCAGAGCCAUAUAAUUCUAAUUGCCGUAUUGAGUUAACAAAAACCAUAGCUAUCUUACUAGUUAUUGAUGAUAUUUUCGACACUUAUGGUUCAUUACCUGACCUUGUUCUCUUCACCGAAGCCACUCGAAGGUGGGAUCUUAGUGCAAUGGAGUCACUUCCUGAAUAUAUGAAGAUAUGUUACAUGGCACUAUACAACACUACUAAUGACAUUGCAUACAUGGUACUCAAACAACAUGGAUGGAGCAUCGUCCCACACCUAAAAAGGACGUGGAUAGACAUGUUUGAAGCGUUCUUAGCAGAAGCAAAAUGGUUCAACAAAGAAUAUGUUCCAAGCCUUGAGGAAUACCUAGUUAAUGGGGUAACAACAGGUGGCACUUACAUGGCAUUGGUUCAUUCCUUUUUUCUCAUGGGCCAAGGUGUUAAUAAACAGACUCUGGCUUUGAUGGAACCUUAUCCUGACCUUUUCACUUUCUCUGGAAAAAUUCUUCGCCUGUGGGAUGAUCUUGGAACUGCAAGGGAGGAGCAAGAAAGAGGGGAUGUGGCAUCAAGCAUAGAAUGUUUUAUGAGAGAAAGUAGAAUUUCUGGUGAGGAUGAAGCAAGGAAACAAAUCAGGGAGCUUAUUCGUAGCCUAUGGAUAGAGCUCAAUGGUGAGUUGGUGGCUCCAAGUUCAAUGCCUCUAUGCAUAGUUAAUGCUUCUUUUAACCUAGCGAGAACUGCCCAAGUUGUCUACCAACAUGGAGAUGACAAGAAGGGCUCAAGUGUGGAUGAUCAAGUACAAGCAUUGAUCUAUAAACCAAUCCCAUUGGAUGAUGAAGCAAAGGUUGUGCAUGACUUAGAAACUAUGGUGGUCAUCUAAAUGUAGAUUUUAUUAUUGUUAUUAUUUGGGCAAUUUACCUGUUUUUUUAUCCCAGAAUUACAUCAAAAUAAACAUUAUAUCUCUCAAUUUGUAAAAUUUAAUGGUUUGAUCAAUAUAUUUUCAUUUUGUUAAUAUAAAAAAUAUUUUUCGUAAAAAAA